AUGACCGUAAUCCAGGACGUCAAAAGCCGCAGCGACAUAGUCGACGUUGUCUCCGAACGCAUCGCGCUUGCGAAGUCGGGGAGCAAUUUCAAGGCCGCCUGCCCCUUCCACGCUGAGAAGACGCCGUCUUUCUACGUCUUCCCGGACCGGCAGACCUGGCGCUGCUUUGGGGCCUGCGCAGAGGGUGGAGACGUCAUCUCCUUCACUAUGAAGGCUGAGAACCUGGACUUCGCCCAGGCCCUCAACCAACUGGCGGACCGCGCCGGUGUGACGAUACCCACCCCGCAGACCAGGAGACGGGAGGAGGCGUUGGACAGGGCGAACGAGGAGGCUUUGGACUACUUCAGAAGCCUCCUGAAAUCGGAUGGCGGCGAGAGGGCCAGGCAGUACCUUGAGAGACGCGGGGUGAACUCGGAAGCCGAAGAGAUGUUCCAGUUGGGGUUCAGCCCCGCAGGCUGGGACACGCUGUCGCGCCAUCUCAAGGGGCAGGGAUACCAGGAGCAGCAAAUCCUCUCUGCAGGUCUGGCUACGAGGACCGAGAAAGGAGACGUACGAGACCUGUUUCACGGACGCCUCAUCUUCCCCAUCUGGGACUCAGCCGGAAGGCCCGCAGGGUUCGGAGGCAGGGCAUUGGACGACUCCACGCCCAAGUACCUCAACACGCCAAGGACACCGCUCUUCGACAAGGGGCGGCUCCUGUACGGCCUUCACAAGGCCAGGGAGUCAAUCAGCCGCUCGGGGAUUGCCGUAGUCGUCGAGGGCUACAUGGACGUCAUUGCGGCCCACCAGCAUGGGUUUCACAACGUUGUGGCCUCUAUGGGAACGGCUCUCACGGAGAGUCAGGUGAGCGCCCUGAGAAACAUCGCUUCAACCUUUGUGCUGGCUCUGGACCCGGACAACGCCGGGCGGGAGGCGACGCUGCGCAGCCUCCAGUCAUCCUGGCAGGUUUUCGAGCGUCGCGCCCUGAGGGCCGGGGGAAGAAGCGACGUGGUGUUCUACGAGCGUCAGCCUCACGCCUCCCUCAAGGUUGCCGUCCUCCCUCCCGGAAAGGACCCUGAUCUGCUCAUCCGUGAAUCGCCGGAGGAGUGGGAGCGCCUGAUCGCCGAGGCCAAGCCCCUGAUGGACUACCUGUUCGAUAUAAUGGCUUCCAGGCUCGACUCAUCCUCCGGGCAGGACAAGCUCCAGGCCACGGAAGCCCUGUUCCCAUUCAUAACCUCCAUGGAAAACCCCUACGACCAGGACCGGUACUUCCGGCGUCUGGCGGAGCUGAUGGGCGUCAGUGAGGCAGCCCUGGAAGCCAGCAUAGGCCGACCCCAGAGCCGCCGCGCGCCCGGGGGCCGGGGGGCCGGAGCGCCUCCCCGGCCAGCGCAUCGCCGCUCUCAAUGGCGAAUCGAGACCCCCUGGAGGAGUACUGCCUCUCCCUCCUGCUUCAGCACCCGGAGCUGGUGA